UAUAUGAGUGAGUGAGUGUGUGUGUGUGUGCGCGCGCGCGCUGGCUGAGACUCAGCCCCCGCCAUGUUAGCCUUUUAAACACGGCUUCUUCGCCUCCUCUCCGGCCUCCUCUUCUUCCUCCUCCUCCUCCUCCUCCUCAGCCAGUGUACACACGCAGACGUCCCCAUGAUUUUAGGCGUCUGUCCGCGCCGCCGCGCCUCUAAACCCGCGUUCUGCGUCAAAUCUACCGGUUCGACACGCAACGUCAGCAUGAAGCAUGUUCACGAGUCCAGCGCGUGAAGACUAACGCGCGUGUCCCUGUUCUCCUUUCAGAGGGGGAGGAGGACCCAGAAAGGACGGAAGGUGGUCUCAGCUGCAUCGCCCCCCAGACAGAGCCUGACGUCUUUAUGUUGUUCAUUUAAUUUCUUUUUUUUUUGUUAUUGUUUUUAUUGUUGUUAUUACGGUUGUUAUUACGGUUGUUAUUAUGGCUGUUAUUAUGCGUCAUGAAUAGGCCCUGAGCGACUUCGGUCUAUGAACGAUGCCGUCCAACGCUGCUGCAGCUCCCGCGUGCAAGACUCCGGACCGUGACGCAGCGAGAAAAGCGAGUUCAGAGCAGGAACAGGAAGUGAGUGAACUCACACAGGAAGAGGCCCCUAUGGACACUCCGACACGAAGAGUGGGGCGUCCGGCCCGCAAGCGCAAACCUCCUGCUGACCACCAGGGGUACUAUGGAGUAGAGGCCAUCUCCAGAAUGCUCAGAAUGAGCCAGGUGGACAGUUGUGAAUCUCUCAAGGAGGGCGUGGUCGGGGUGAAGGAGACGGAGUGCAAUGGUGAAAAUGAAAAUGGAGUUUCCCAGGGUGCUUUGCAGGGGCAUGACUCUUCCCCAGACUCCUCCCACCAGAACGGGUCAGACAAGGCCAGUCAGAAUGAAAACUCUGCCCCCUCGACUCCACGGAAGAAACGUGGGCGCCGGAAACGCGAGCACCCAGAAAAACAUAUAGAAGAUGAUGGUAGCAGUAGUGAUACCAGCAGGGGAGAGGGUGAUAGUGGACGUAAGCGGGGUCGUCAGGGCUGGGACAUCAGCCUCCGGAGGAGACCUGUCCCCAGAAUCACCUAUCAGGCUGGAGAACCUUACCGCAUCAGCAGGAGAGAGAUGGAGGAAAUGCUCGCCCACUGUAGAAAAGAAGAGGAAGAGAAGAAGGCCCACGAGGUGGAGCCGAUGAUGAACGACGGCAUGGCGGACCAAUCCGGAGAAGAAGCUCAGAAGAAGGAAGAGCAGCCCGUCAUCAGUCUCCCGCCCACUCCCACCCCUCAGACUCCACCCCCUCAGCAACAGCACACAGACCCCGCCUCCCCCACCGUUGCCACGACGCCUGAACCCGUUCCCGUCGCCUGCAGCAACAAAAGCCUACGCAGGUCUUGCGAGGCGGAGCCAGAAUAUGAGGAUGGCCGCGGGUUUGGGAUCGGCGUGCUGGUGUGGGGGAAGCUGCGGGGUUUCUCCUGGUGGCCCGGCCGCAUCGUGUCUUGGUGGAUAACUGGGAGAAGUCGAGCUGCAGAGGGAACUCGAUGGGUCAUGUGGUUCGGAGAUGGGAAAUUCUCUGUGGUGUGUGUAGAAAAACUGUUGCCUUUGAGUUCAUUUUCUACUGCCUUUCAUCAGCUUACCUACACCAAACAGCCCAUGUACAGAAAAGCUAUCUACGAGGUGCUACAAACGGCCAGUAUGCGGGCAGGAAAGCUGUUCCCGGUGUGUGUGUCCACCGACGACUCCGACUCGGCGAAGAAUGUUGAGCUGCAGACCAGACAGAUGAUCGAGUGGGCCAGUGCAGGAUUCCUUCCAACCGGAGCCAAGGGCCUGGAGCCCCCGCCAGCGGAGCAAAGUCCCUACACUGAGGUGUAUCCAGAGAUGUGGGUGGAGCCAGAAGCUGCAGCUUGCCCGGCCCCUAAGAAACCCAGGAAAAGCAGUUUGGAGAAGCCCAAAAUCAAAGAGAUUAUAGAUGAAGGGACCAGAGAGAGACUCGUGUAUGAGGUGCGUCAGAAGUGCCGGAACAUUGAAGACAUGUGCAUAUCCUGUGGAAGUCUGAACGUCUCACUCGAACAUCCUCUCUUCAUUGGAGCCAUGUGUCAGAGCUGCAAGAACUGCUUCCUGGAGUGUGCGUAUCAGUACGACGAUGACGGAUAUCAGUCCUACUGCACCAUCUGCUGUGGGGGAAGAGAGGUGCUUAUGUGUGGGAACAACAACUGCUGCAGGUGCUUCUGUGUGGAGUGUGUGGAUCUGCUGGUGGGCACUGGCUCUGCGCAGGCUGCUAUAAGAGAGGACCCGUGGAACUGCUACAUGUGCGUCAGCAGGAAUGUGUUUGGGCUGCUGCGGCGCAGAGAUGACUGGACAUCGCGCCUUCAGCUGUUCUUCGCCAACAACCAUGACCAGGAGUUCGAACCUCCUAAACUCUACACUCCUGUAGCAGCAGAGAAGAGGCAGCCAAUCAGAGUUCUCUCUCUGUUUGACGGCAUUGCUACAGGUUUACUGGUGCUAAAGGACCUGGGGAUCCAGGUGGAGCGUUAUGUGGCGUCGGAGGUGUGUGAGGAUUCCAUCACCGUGGGAAUGGUGCGGCACCACGGACGCAUCAUGUACGUGGGGGAUGUCCGCAACAUCACACACAAACACAUUCAGGAAUGGGGUCCGUUUGAUCUUGUGAUUGGUGGGAGCCCCUGCAACGACCUAUCCAUCGUCAACCCAGCCAGGAAGGGACUCUUUGAGGGAACGGGCCGCUUGUUUUUUGAGUUUUAUCGGCUGCUGCAUGAGGCUCGCCCGAAAGAGGGAGAAGACAGGCCAUUCUUCUGGCUCUUCGAGAACGUGGUCGCCAUGGGAGUCAGUGAUAAGAGAGACAUCUCACGCUUCCUCGAGUGCAAUCCAGUGAUGAUCGACGCCAAGGAGGUUUCGGCUGCCCACCGCGCCCGCUACUUCUGGGGCAAUCUGCCCGGUAUGAACAGGCCAUUGACUGCCAUGGCGAACGAUAGGCUUGACCUGCAAGACUGUCUAGAACAUGGCCGCACAGCCAAGUUUGAUAAGUUGAGAACCAUCACCACUCGCUCCAACUCCAUCAAGCAGGGCAAAGACCAGCACUUCCCCGUCUACAUGAACAACAAGGAGGACAUCCUCUGGUGCACCGAGAUGGAGAGGGUGUUUGGAUUUCCUGUCCAUUACACGGACGUGUCCAACAUGAGUCGUCUGGCCAGGCAAAGGCUUCUGGGAAGGUCGUGGAGCGUCCCCGUCAUUAGGCACCUGUUUGCCCCGCUGAAGGAAUACUUUGCCUGUCUUUAACCCUCGCAUACCUGUUACGACAUCACAACGACUCACUUCACUCCCUCAUCCACAUGCCGACCAAGCUCCACCCCUUACUUUUGUUUUCGGUAGUUGCCUGACGACCUACUGGUGCUAUUCAUCAAAAAAAAUACGAUAUUUCAUCCAACUACAUACAGUUGCAGGAAAAGGUGUGUGAACCCUUUGGGAAUACUUGGAUUUCUGCAUAAAUUGGUCAUUAAAUGUGUUCUGAUCUUCAUCU